ACCUUGUGCUCUCCUAACAUGGCCCACUUUCGCGUCAGCCCCUUGCUACUAACAAAGUGAUUCUAUCAAGGAGCUAGCCAACGAGGACCUUGUUAGACGACUACACACUCCGCCACCAAUUAUCGACUCUCGAGAAGGUUUUACAACUUCAACUGCACACAAGCGCGCAAAAGGGCAUGAAACGUUCGGAUGCAUUAAUUAUACCUCUGCCAUCAGGUGCAAGGUUUGAACAGCUUGAAUGUCAGCCUGUCAGGGCUACUUCGACCCCAUUCACUCCCAACGGUUCCGACUCUCUUCCCUCAACCACCAUGUCUGGCUCGAUGAAGAUGUCUCUUGUCGCUGUUGCACUCGUCGUUCUUUCCACAACCGACAGGACAGAAGCCCAGUCCUCUAACGCCACCUGCUUAGACCAGUUCAAUUGGAUGAGUAACAGCCGCCAACAAAAUCCAUGCUUGGUGGCAGCAUACUUGCAAGGAGCUUGCAAUGGCGGGGAUUUUACGGUGCAAGCCUUGCAGCCAAACACCCACUAUACCGGUCCCACUCAGGCUCAGACCAAUUCCUGUCAGUGCAGUAGCGUCACAUAUUCAUUGAUUAGUGCCUGUGCAAUCUGCCAAAACCGCACUUAUAUUGACUGGAGCUCGUGGGAUACCAAUUGCUCAACGAUCUAUCCCAAAGUAUUUCCCGACAACAUCCCUACUGGUACAACGGUUCCGGCUUGGGCAUACUUGGAUGUUACGGCUUCCGAUACAUUCAAUGUGACGGCUGCACAGGCUAACGGUGAUUCUCCCGAAUCCACAGCCGUCCCGACCCAGACUACUGCAACCGUAUUGUCCAGUUCAACAGCGGCGUCGGGCUCUCCUACAUCAUCCUCACGCACGUCUCAUACCGGCGCGAUAGCCGGAGGCGUUGUCGGUGGUGUGGUCGGCUUGGCCGCAGUCGUCGGGGCCAUCACCUUCUUUACCCUUCGUCGACGUCGCGCUCGAACGCCCCCGUCAGCUUCCUUCAAUGAGGGUCGAGGCGGAGGCGGACCUGGAUAUACGAAUAGCAUGUACUCCAAUCAACAAUCUCAACAGCAGGCUUCCAUGACUCAACCCAAGUUUUACGACCCCUCGGACCCAAGUACUUUCCCGCCAACAGCCCCGACACCUACUAUUCACACCACCAAUUCCAAUUUUCAAUCGAACCAUCCCUACUCGCCUACGAGGCCCGGUCAGUAUAGUGGCGCUCCAGAGAUUUAG